AUGCUACGUGCGUUUCCAUCUUUUACGCCAUGUGCCUCGGCGCAGACUGUGCCCAGCUACAGUAAGCUGACCCUCCCACCGCGCGACGCGAGUGUGACGCAAGACGUCGAACGCAACAGAGUUCUGCGAGACUUCAGUCUGGGAUUCCACGGCUAUGCAUUUCCUUCUCUUAAGCAGUAUCCUCCAGGGUCAUCGUUUUUGUACAAGGAAGGUUUGUCCUUUGAAACGCUGCGUCGAGUUUUGCAUCGCUCAAUUCCAAACGACCAUGGACUGCACGUUUGUGGAGAAUGGGGCACUUUGCGUCCAAGAUGGCCGAAGUUUUGCAAGCUUGCCCUGCUCGUCGUAUUGGAGUCUGCGUUCCGCGAAGUGGUUGCGAGGGACGUCACUACGGAGUCAAGUCCACAGUCGCUUCAUGGGCAGUUGUCAGAUACCUCUACAUCAUCCAUUACAGAGCCCAUCUUGCCACCCUCACCUCUUGGGAGGCCAUCAAUGGAUCGUCAAAGUGCAGAAUCAGGGGCUACGGUAUCACCGGACGUUCCUCCAUCUACACUUCUUGGCUCACGUUAUGUUACACCUCCGGCAAAACCGUCUGCAGUAUCUCCAACUAAGGCCGUAUUUUCAAACUCACGCCUGACUGCACCUAUAGAAUCGCGGGCUCUUGCAUCUUUGGCAACGCCCCCUCCCACAUCUGUAGCGCUACCAGCAAGAUCUCCACCUUCCCGAGUACUUUCGGGUUUGCUUCGUUCAAAAGGUCCUGGAUCCUCUCUACCCACGUCUCCGCAACCAGUUCCAGAUAUAUCUUCCAGAUCUCUUCUGUUUAUGUCUGCCUCACUGUCAGGUUCACGACCUCACGGAUUCCGCCCUUCAAAAAAUACGAGGACACCUCGACCAAUAUCUCCAAAAUCAAGUCUUCCCAGGUCGACAGGUACUCCUACUUCCUUCCCUGGAGAACGUCCUCCCCAAGAUCCAGAACCCCUUCCACCUUCGCCGCCUUCGAACGUACCUGCCUUAUCUGCGGGACCUGCUCCCCCUGGGUGUGAAGGACCUCCUUCAAUAUUUUCAACAUCUGGUCCAACCACACCACAGCAAGGAAACCAAUUCCUAGUUCCAGGACCAGGUGUCACGCCAUUUCCAACUCGUCAAACAAGUCAACCCUCAAUUUCUGAUAUAUUUCCUCUACUAUCUUCCAUUUUACGUCCUUCUAUGUAUAAUAAUAGACCAGGACCUCCAUCAUCACCGGCAAUGCCACCGAAUCCUUUCAUUAAUCCAGAUCUCACAGCACUUCUAGGACCUCAACGACCUCCAGAAUUACUACCGAAUUUAAUUUCGCAAUUACUAUCUCUAAUAUCUCCAGACUUACUUAGGCCGGUCUUUCCAGAAUCUUCUUUCUCACGUCCUUCACUACCUCCGGAAUUCAGCCCCUUCACGAAACAAAAUGAUGAAUCACUUGAAACAAUUCUUUCUAUUAGCUCAUCAACUAAACUGACGACCGCAGAUCAAGAAAAGUUCAUCUUUGGACCAUUUUUGUCAACUCUGUGCUCAAUCAAGUGCGACGAGAUAGAUGAUGACAUACCGGAAAUGGUACCUGAAGAAGAGGGUUGCCGCGACGUCAACGACGGCAGCGACGUCAACGACGGCAGCGAAGUCAACGACGGCAGCGAAGUCGACGACGGCAGCGAAGUCGACGACGGCAGCGAAGUCGACGACGGCAGCGAAAUCAGUGACGGCAGCGAUGACAACAACUACAGUGAUAUGGAUGACACUGACAACAGCGAUAAUAACUACAGUGAUGUGGACGACAUCGACAACAGCGAUGAUAACUACAGUGAUGUGGACGACAUCGACAACAGCGAUGACGACUACAGUGAUGUGGAUGACAUCACCAGCGAUGACUACAGUGACUUGGAUGACAUCGACAACUAUGACAACUAUAGUGACGUGGAUGACAUCGAAAACAUCGACAACGACGACAACUAUAGUGAUGUGGAUGACAUCAUCGACAUCAGCGCAGUCGAGCCCAACGGCGACAGUCGCAACGACUCCAGAAACGCGACGCAGGCGAAUCAGCGUCCGUCGGGGCCGCCGCGCCACGAGGGCUUCCCGCUGGAGACGCACUACGUGACGACGGAGGACGGCUACGUGCUGGCGCUGCACCGCUUGCGCGGGCGCGGGCGCGGGGUCCUGGGCGCGGGCCUGGGCGGGCGCCAGGCGUGGAGCGCGGAGCGGGAGCGCUGGCGCCGGCCGUCGCCGCCCAUGGAGGUGGCGCUGCUGUGGCACGGCCUCCUGGGCUCCUCCGCCGACUGGCUACUCGGCGGCCCCGACCACGCGCUCGCGUACAUGCUGGCCAACGAAAGCAUUGAUGUUUGGAUGGGCAACACGCGAGGAAAUUUUUUCAGCCGAAACCACACCCAAUGGGACACAGAAAAUAGUAGAUUCUGGAAUUUCAGGUGCAAAAUUGACCGUUUGAUCUCACAAGGCGUCGAUACGAAUGAUGCUUUCUAA